AUGGAUUACGUUAAAAAAGCCAUAUGGGGUCCGGAUCCCAAGGAACAGCACCGAAAAAUUCGAGCUUUGGUGCGGAAAAACACCAGAGGGCUCGACAGGUCGCUGAGAGAACUUACGGCACUCCAAACCAAGACACAGGGAUUCAUAAAGCAAGCAGCUAAGCAGAGUGAUACUCGUAGUGUGCGAGUUUAUGCCAAGGAGCUCUAUCAGAUUAAUAAGCAAUACGGCAGACUGUAUACGUCGAAAGCGCAGUUGCAGUCCGUGGGAAUGAAAAUCGAAGAAGCUUUUCGAAUGCAGAGUUUGCAAGAGAAUAUGGCGGUAUCAGCUGGGCUAAUGCGCGAAAUUAAUUCUUUAGUAAGACUUCCGCACUUACAGUCAACGAUGAUGGAGCUUGAGAAAGAGCUUGUCAAAAGCGGUCUAAUUAGCGAAAUGAUGGACGACGCUCUGGAAACGGCAGACGUCGACGAAGAGCUUGACGAAGAAGUCGAGGAUCAAGUUAAUAAGAUCGUGCAGCAGUAUACGAUCAACAGACUCGACAAAGCCGGCGAAGUACCGAGUGUCGAGCGCCCCGCUUCAGACGUUCACGAAGAAGUUGUUCCCGAGGACAAAAUCGACGACGAAGCGGGAAACAUGCUGAAUGAAAUGCGAGAGAGACUAAAGGCUCUUCAGAGUUGA